UUGUGUGUCUGUCUUUUGUGUGUGUCUUGUCCUUUGUGUCAUUUCGUCCGCAACAUCUGGCGUCCAAACGCGGGGCAGAGGGCGAACGAAACCGAAAGUGAAAAUCUAUCAGCAGCAGAAUUGCAUUUUCUAAGGAAAGAAGAGGAGAAGAUGGCUGUGGUUACCUGUCAGAUUGGAGCCCUGAUCAUGGUCAAAUUUUGGAAAAAUGGUCUAACAAAACUUUCAAAUGGCAUCGAAUUAAUGUGGCUGCAGUUACUGCAACCGCUGCCGUGGCUGGACUUGCUUUGCAUCAAGGGGUCCAAACAGCAGACUUUGUACGGGAGUGGCAUAAAGACUCAUUUAUCAUGGCAACAACAAAGAGAUCUGGAUGCACAACUUGCAACUGAUGUACUCAAUCUUCAACAUACUGUUUCAUGGCUUGGGGAUCAAUUAACUGUCUUAUCCACAAAAAGUGUAUUGAAAUGUGAUUGGAACUCCUCUCAAUGAUGUAUAACAUCUGUGCCUUUUAACAUGAGUGAAGGUUGGGAAAAGGUGAAAUGGUCAUUAACAGGGCAUCAAAACCUAAGUAAGGAAAUUAUGGAGUUAGAGCAGCAAAUUUUGUCUACAUUUAGCAAAACACUACCUGACAUUACUGGGUCCGAUCUGU